AUGAAGACCAUCAGCUUCACAUUUGCUCUAUACUCGGUCUCUGCUCUUCUACCGAUUGCAGAGACUGCUCCUACUUCGAAAAAAGACAGUUCCCCGGCCAAUCCUAGCUUGAGAGGCUCGUCAGAGCUUGUCGGAUACUCGCCAACUGAAGUUGUGGCGAAUAGUCCCAAGCCGGAUAUCAAGUAUAAACUCUCGCAAGGACAGAAAGAGAAUGCAAAUGUUGGGGCAUACUUGGAUUUCGAAAAUGUUGCAAAUCCGCAACCUAUUCGAGGAAGCCGCGGCAGUGAUGAUCCUGGUCCACGAAACUACUACUAUGACCGCAUCAACAGUGACAAGUUGGCACCGCCCGGAACCGAUCAUGGGUCGACAAUCAACGCGCAGUGGCCGAUGGGGCUCAGUCACAACAGACUAGGACUUGACAAUGCCGGUUGGGCCCGACAGGAGAACACCGUCGUGAUGCCCGAUGCCACAGACAUGGCCGGCGUGGACAUGCGACUCGAGCCAGCGGCGUAUCGCGAGCUACAUUGGCACGUGGCUGCGGAAUGGUCCCUCGUAUUGAAUGGAUCUUGCCGAGUCCAGGCCAUUAACGAAGAUGGAGAAACCUUCGUGGACGACUUACAAGCUGGUGAUGUCUGGUUUUUCCCUCCCGGGAUUCCUCACUCCAUUCAAGCACUUGAUGACGGCGUGGAGUUCCUUCUGGUCUUUGACCAAGGAGAUUUCAACGAAGAUAACACUUUCCUCGCAUCAGAAGUCUUCAUGCAUAACCCGCGAGAGGUGUUGGCGAAGGACCUGGGAGUCCCCAUGACCGCCUUCGACGACAUACCCACCGAGGAGCUGUACAUCUUCAACGGUACCCCCGCCCCAGAGCACAUCGAGGACCAGAAUGUAACGACAUCAGCCGGAGUAGUUCCCCGGUCGAGAAGCUACUCGUAUCAUUUCUCUCAGCAACCAGCACAUGAAGUCGCGGGAGGUUCGGUGAAAAUCGUUGAUCCGCUCACUUUUCCUAUUGCGAGCAACUUCUCUGCGGCUGUGGUGACGGUUCACCCAGGUGGAAUGCGCGAAAUUCACUGGCACCCUUCUAGCGAUGAGUGGACGUUCUUCAUCGGAGGUCAGGGCCGGGCAACACUCUUUACCCCUCCCGAUGCAGCGACGACGUUUGAUUACCGCGCCGGAGACGUGGCUUACUUUCCAAAGUCCAACAGCCAUUAUAUUGAGAAUACAGGUAGCGAAGACUUGAUUUUCCUGGAAGUGCUGCAGGCACCCAAAUUUACAGGUGAGUCCACCGAUCCUUUUCGAGGUAUUUUGCUCUGGAUCGCUAACUUGGAUAACGCGAAAAAAAAAGACAUGGCGCUGGGUCAGUGGAUUGCAUCCACCCCAAGACAGAUAGUCAAGGACACUUUGCACCUGAGCGACAAUACACUUGAUCAACUCAAGACUGAAAAGCAAUAUGUCGUUGCUGGCGAGCCCAAAGCCUCGGCAAAUUAA